UCUCUGUGACUGUGAAUUCCAUUUUCAGUUUGCCCACUUGAAUCAUCAGAUCAUUCGCCGUCUCAGUUUAACCCAUCACUUUUACGUUCAUCAUCUUGCGUUAAGUUAAAGUCUUGACAAUCAUCUUGAGAUACUGGUCAUCCUUAGUCCUCUCUCGGCCUCUUUGUUUGUCUGCAGAUUGUAUCACUUGCCAUAAAAUCUUAAAAAUGUCGAUUCUGAACGCAAGCAAUGUCGAAAUCAGACAAGUCUGGGCCAACAACCUUGAGGACGAGAUUAAAUUGAUUCGUGAUGUAGUAGACGAUUACCCUUAUGUGGCCAUGGAUACUGAGUUUCCAGGUACUGUUACUGUUAUUAGCAAUGUGGAUGACAAAGAGUCGAGCUACAAAGCUUUGAAGGAAAAUGUUGAUCUUUUGAAGUUGAUUCAGCUCGGCCUCACAUUUUCUGAUGAUCAAGGAAACCUUCCCACUGGUGGAACUCAAAAGUACAGUGUUUGGCAAUUCAAUUUUCGUGAAUUUAAUCUCACUAAAGACAGUUAUAACUCAGAAUCCAUUGACUUCUUGAUCGGAAGAGGCAUUGAUUUCAGGAGGAACAAUGAAGAAGGUGUGGAUGCAAUCAAAUUCAGUGAGUUAUUAAUGUCUUCUGGUGUUGUGCUAAACCCAGAAGUGCAUUGGCUUGUAUUCCAUGGCUCAUCUGAUUUUGGUUAUUUAAUCAAGUUGCUUACCGGUAAAAGUCGUCUUCCAGAUACAGAGCCUGAAUUUUUGAAGGUGGUCGAGACAUUUUUCCCAGUAAUCUAUGAUGUCAAAUGCAUCAUAAGAUUCUGUUACAACCUUUAUGGUGGUUUGGAUAAGGUUGCAAAGACUUUGAACGUGGAGAGAGUUGGCGUUGGUCAUCAGGCUGGCUCAGAUAGCUUACUAACAUGUUGUACAUUCUUUAAACUAAUACAGGUUUAUAAUCACCUCAGAGACUCACCUGAGAAAUAUGCAGGCUGUGUGUUUGGUCUCACUACUGGUCGAUAGAAAACAAGUGAUGAAACGGUUUCAAAUAAUAAAA